UUCAUUCUAAAGUUAUUAGUAUUGUCAGUCGAUUCCAUUUGUUUUUCGAUUUUGAUGUUUUUGAAAACGACGAUUUCUUCGAAAGUAAUGAAAUAAUUUUGUCAUCCGUAUGGCAGCAAGAAGCGAAGUCAGUAAUGAUGAAGUCGCGACGUUGCGAGGAAGAAAUGCAAUUGAGCGUGGGAAAGUUGGCGAAGUUCGACAAAAAUUUCAAGUUCAUGAAGACAAAGCUCUGGCUUACAAAAUGCAGUCAGACGAAUUUAAGGAUCAUGCCCUUAGAAACAAAGAGCAACGGAAGUCUGUUCGAGCUGGUGUGAGAACAGCAAAAGAAACUUACCUUGAAGAAGUGAAGAGUGCUGGUAUACUUCCUGAUGAAAGCGUUGCUGAAAUAGAGCAUAAAGAAUGGCUUACAGAAGAGUUACGCAGGCGAAUUGAUGAAGAAGAAAAUCUUGCAAAAACGAAAAGGGAGAUUCAAAGAAUACAAGAUGAAGAGAUUGCUUACCAAGUUCAGCAUGACGAAGUAAAACGACGAAGAUACGAAGAAUACAAGCGACAACAGAGGAUCAAAAAGGAUCAGGAGGAACGAAAGAGAAUAGCUAGGAUGUUGAGAGAGUCAGAGGAAGCGGAAAUCACUGACAGAAAAGUCCGUUCAAUGGAUGACGUCACUACGGAUCUUAACAGUGACGUCAAAGUUGUUUCUGAUGGUACUGCAAUCAUCCCCAGACACAAUGGUAAACAAAGAGAAGAUCAGUUACGUCACGAUAUGGAACUACGCGAUGAGGAAAUUGCUUACCAAGCUCAACGUGAAGAAGAAAGACAAUGGAGACACGAGGAAUACAAGCGACAACAGAGGAUCAAAAAGGAUCAGGAGGAACGUAAGAGAAUAGCUAGGAUGAUGAGAGAGUCAGAACAAGCGGAAAUCAGUAAUUCUGUUAAUGACACCAAAGUCCGUCCAAAGGAUGGCGUUACCAGGCAUCGUAGCAGUGACGUCAAAGUUGUUUCUGAUGAUACUGCAAUCAGCCCCAGACACAAUGGUAAACAAAGAGAAGAUCAGUUACGUCAGAAUAUGGAACUACGCGAUGAGGAAAUUGCUUACCAAGCUCAACGUGAAGAAGAAAGACGGUGGAGACACGAGGAAUACAAGCGACAACAGAGGAUUAUAAAGGAUGAAGAGGAAUGUAAGAGAAUAGCUAGGAUGAUGAGAGAGUCAGAACAGGCGGAAAUCAGUAAUUCUGUCAAUGACACCAAAGUCCGUCCAAAGGAUGGCGUUACCAGGCAUCGUAGCAGUGACGUCAAAGUUGUUUCUGAUGAUACUGCAAUCAGCCCCAGACACAAUGGUAAACAAAGAGAAGAUCAGUUACGUCAGAAUAUGGAACUACGCGAUGAGGAAAUUGCUUACCAAGCUCAACGUGAAGAAGAAAGACAAUGGAGACAAGAGGAGUACAAACGACAACAGAGGAUCAAAAAGGAUGAAGAGGAACACAAGAGAUUAACUAAAAUAAUGAAAGAGUUGGAAGAAGCUGAAAUCAGUAGCCCAGAUGAUGACGCAAGCGACCGUCCCAUAGAUGAUGUCAUCACGCUGCCCACUAACAAUGACAUCAUAGUUCUUGCGGAUGGCACUGCAAUUGACGCGCGAGCAAAUGAAAUACAAACAGAGGAGCAGCUACGUCAGAAAAUGCAACGACGUGAUGAGGAAUUGGCGAUGUUACUUCAAGAACAAGAGAAGCACCAAAUUGAGAAAAAGAAAUCGAUGCAAGAGGAUUAUCGUAAAGCGAUUGAACUUCAAGACAGGGAGAUUGCAAAGCAUCUUCAACGUGAAGAGAAGGUUAAAGCUCACAGACGGCGUGAAAAACAGUUACGACGUGAAAGACGCGCAUCAGACGAGUUGUUGCUUGAUGAAAGCCGAGAUCGUCGACAUCACGACGCGGAUUACCUUGAAGACGUGCCCCCAGUUAGUAAUGAACAGCAGGUCAAUUCUAGAAUGCACGAAGAGCAAAGACAAGGGGAGAAAAAGACUCGUCAUUCUCGAAGCAAAUCUGAAGAUUCAUAUGAAGAAAUGUGGCAGGCUAGGAGUGGCUCGAGAACACAUGCUUUGACAUCUCAAACAAUGAAGACGCCAGACGACACAGCGAUGGAGCCUGGGGGACACUUUAGUAAUAUUGCCGAAACCUUGGAUCCAACCUUCCAGCGUGCUACACGUCACGCGUCUGAAGAAAGUUCUCCUGAAGAAGAUGAGAAAGUGAAUGGUUUAGGCAGAAGUACUCCCAUUGUUCCACCAUUGAAACGGAAAAUUUCUAAAGACAGAUUGAAGAAAGAGAAGGGAAAGAUAAGCUAUUUAUAAAAGACACUUACGAAUUUUACAACUUCUAUGAAGAGAUUUAUAUAUUCGAGAUUUUUUAGAUUUUUUAUGUAUCCAAUAGUACCUUAAAUGAACUUUAAUGAUGAGCAUGUCCUAUUUAUGUAUAUCUGUGUGCGAACUAUCUGUGUUUUUUUACCUGUGAACUUCGGAUUUUAUCUAAUGCUAUUUUGUUCUAAGACGGCUUACGGUUUGAUUGAUGUACUUUAGAGUUAAAUAUAUAAUUCAUAUACGAUUUACAUUUUGAGAUUUUUGAAUAUAUUCUGGCACAUUUGAA